AUGACUGAAAAACGUAUUGCUGAUCAACGACCAUGGAAAGAGGAAAUUUUCGGCUGUUGUUCGGAUAUGAAUAUAUGUUGUUAUGGUUGUUUUUGUACUGCUUGUCUAUUUGGUGAAAAUGUUCGAACAGCUAAUCCAGAUGCUGGUUUUUGUGGUGCCUGUUGUUUUUAUUGUUUGACAGAAGGAGGCUGUUGUUGUCUUGUACAUAAACCAGCACGAAGACGUUUUCGUGAAGCAUAUGGAUUAGAAGAAGGUCAUGGUGCAGCUAGUGACUUAUAUGCAUCAUGGUUUUGUUCACCUUGUGGUAUUUGUCAAGAAGCACGUGAAAUCAAAAUUCGAGGUAAUCCACCAACAGCGGUGAUUGGUGGUCUUCCCGGAAAUCAACCAAGAACAACAGUGCCAGCUACAGGUGCUUUAGUCACUCAACCAUGA